AUGGACACUCUGUCUCCCCGCCCUGAGAGUUCGAAACGUCUCAGCGACGAACUGAAGGCUAAGAAGAAGAGCGGCUUCAGCAUAUCCAGCCUGUUCAAAUCUCCAGGACGACCCACCAUUUCUGCUCCCGAGAAUCCUGUCCAUAUCACUCAUGUCGGCGUUGACAAUCGUACGGGCGAGUUUACCGGUCUUCCGCGUGAAUGGCAGAACAUCCUGGCUAGCGCUGGUAUCUCGGAGCAGGAACAAAAGCGAGAUCCCAAGGCCAUUGUCGACAUUGUCACUUUUUACAAAGAGAACGCGGAAAAGAACCCCGAAGAUGGCAUCUGGCAGAAGUUUGGCACGGCUCACGCCCGCGACACCCCCCAGCAUAUGUCUCCUCCAAGUGGUCUCACAUCGCCAAUAGUCACCCCUUCCUCGGGCUUCGCAUCGCUUGUUAGUCCCCCGCAAAGCCCGCGCUUCCCGCCCAACAACGAGGAUAGCUUCGAGAACCCCAGAGCUGCUCCUCCUGUGCCUCGCAACGUCGGUCUCGGCCUUGGUCCUAUGUCACCUACUAUGCCUAGCGGGAAUACGAUUCCUCUGCGUGCAGCCCCACGUCCUCCUCCCGGUGCAACCCCUGCCGGUCCUGCUACAAUCCCUGCCCGUGCACCCUCUUCUGCCUCCGGAGCAACGUCCCCUCAACAACGAAAACAAGAUGAUUAUCCUGCCGUUCAAUAUGCUCCACCAACCAUCAACGAAGUCUCACAGCCUACUGCCUCCCGCUCGCGAUCGAAUACUGCAACACAAGCGCAACAUCAACCCUCCGCUGCUUCCUCGCCGUAUGCAUACCAACAACAGCAGCAACAAGCCAUGGCUGCGGCUCAGGCUGCACUCCAUCAAUCGAGUAUCGAGCGCAAGCAAAGUCAGCGCGUUCCCCAGCAACCGCAUAUCCCAAUCCCGAAUCCCCAAGCAGUUCCUGCGCCUAACCAGGAGGCCCGCGUCGGCCCUGUGCCUCGACCAAGACAGCGGCCUCAACGCCAAAGCCAGCAGCAGAAUGGGGAGAUCAUCGCGAAACUCAACGCAAUUUGCACACCUGCAGAUCCGACAAAGAAGUACCGUAAUCUCAACAAGAUUGGCCAGGGUGCUUCUGGUGGUGUUUUCACUGCGUACGAAGUCGGCACUAAUAAGUGCGUUGCGAUCAAGCAGAUGAAUCUGGAGCAACAACCCAAGAAGGAUUUGAUCAUCAACGAGAUUCUGGUCAUGAAGGAUAGCAAGCACAAGAACAUUGUGAACUUCAUGGACAGUUAUUUGGUCAAGGGAGAUCUGUGGGUUGUGAUGGAAUAUAUGGAGGGUGGCAGUCUGACAGAUGUGGUCACGUUCAACAUGAUGUCUGAGCCACAGAUUGCAGCUGUGUGUCGCGAGACCUUGCACGGUCUUCAAUUCCUUCACUCCAAAGGAGUCAUUCAUCGUGACAUCAAAUCGGAUAACAUCCUCCUAUCGCUUGAAGGAAACAUCAAAUUGACCGACUUCGGUUUCUGUGCACAAAUCAACGAGUCUCAGCACAAGCGUACGACUAUGGUCGGUACACCAUACUGGAUGGCUCCUGAGGUGGUAACACGAAAAGAAUACGGCCGCAAGAUUGACAUUUGGUCACUCGGAAUCAUGGCCAUCGAGAUGAUCGAGGGCGAGCCCCCGUACCUCAACGAGUCGCCUCUGAGAGCUCUGUACUUGAUUGCGACCAACGGCACACCUCAAAUCAAGGCUGAAGAGGAACUGACACCCAUUUUCCGGGAUUUCCUCGCCUUCGCGCUCAAGGUUGAUCCUGAUAAGAGAGCCAGUGCACACGACUUGCUGAUGCAUCAAUUUAUCCAAGGAGCAGAGCCACUGGCAACACUUGCACCCCUUGUACGGUCGGCUCGUGCAGCCAGAGCCGAGGAGCGCAAGAACAAAGGCAUAUGA